UAAAAUUGUUUACGUUCCUUCUCUCAAGUUUUCUCAUGCUUGAGUUACCUCCCGUACAUUGCACUCUUGUGUGAUUGAAAAGCAUAAAUACUAUUACGUCUGCAUCAAGUUCAAGGCCAGGGAUUAUAAGCACAUUGAAAUUUUGGCGCUAUAUAUUCACAUUCAAAAAUGUCAAAGAAAGCAAACAAAAAAGACACUCAAAGAUCAGAAACUUUACAGAAGGUUCAACAGUUCAAGGACAACUUUAAAGAAGAGGGUGAUCAUUUAGUUCAGGAUGUGUUUCCAGCUAAAGUGCUAGAGUUGGAAGAACUGUAUCAGAGUAUGACAGUAUCUCGCCUGGCAGACAUACACACAGAUCUAAACAUUCCCAUACCGGAUCCAGUUUUGUUUGCAAACAAUGUUUCAGGUGAUGAGGCUAAAAGCAAAAAAAGACGACUAGAAGAAGAUGAUCACAAUGAUAUUUCAGGUACAAGAGUGAUGAUAUUACCCAAUGGACCUGCUCCAUCAAAUAAAAAUCUUGCUGCUCUAGCAGAGAAGUUAAAACCACUAAUUCGUGACCUCCUAGAUCAUUCAAAUAUGCUGAAAAUGUGGAUUGCCUUUAUGAUUCCAAAAAUUGAAGAUGGGAAUAAUUUUGGUGUAUCAGUUCAGGAGGACACUAUGGGAGAAGCCAGACAAGUGGAGACAGAGGCCGCCACGUAUUUGGACCAAGUGUCGCGUUACUUCAUCUCACGAGCCAAACUCAUCUCCAAAGUAGCCAAGUACCCACACAUAGACGACUACAGACAAGCGGUCCGGGAGUUAGACGAAAAACAGUAUGUCAGUCUCCGUCUCAUCUGCUGUGAAGUCAGAAACCACUACGCAAGCCUUCAUGACUUGGUAUUGAAGAACAUGGAGAAAAUCAAGAAACCACGGUCAGCCAAUGCAGACAGUUUAAUUUACUGACGAUGAUAAUACUGGACAGUUUCUGUAGUUAUUAUUAUGAUAUCAUUAAAACACAUCUGAAAAAAACAGUCAACUGAUCAUAGUUAGAGGAAACAGUCACAUUGGUUGGAGUUCUGGAAAGACCAUUUAAGGAUUUGUUUUGUUGCCUUUUGCAAUUGGUCAGCGUCUGUCGUCGUGCAUCCAUCAUGCGUCGUCCAUUAACAAUUGCACAGUUUUAACUUCUUCUUAACUAACAUUCCAAUCUUUUUCAAAUUUGGUAUGAAGCAUCUUUGGGACAAGGGGGACUUAAAUUAUAAAUUGCAAGGCUUCUACACUACCAGGGCCUUAGGAUGGGGUAAAAACUGCCAGACAUUGACUAAUAUUUAAAAAUCUUCUCUACAACUGCACAUGUGUUAGAAAAACCAAAUACAUAAUCAAGUAGAGCAGGGAGACCUAAUUUCAUCAACCCUGGAGUAGAAAUUCUGACUUCAGGACAGUGCCAAAAAUGGUAUAUAUAGCGUAUAUGUGUAAAACAUUAGAUUAUUUUCUUUAAUAUUAUUACUAUUAUGAAAUUUCAUGAGAUUUGGUUCCAGGGUGGGCCAAACUUGAUUAUUGUCUUUAUCAUUUGAAAGACUUCUUUACUUUUGCUGAUACAGUAUAAAAACGAAAUGCAUAUUUCGGAAAAGCAGCAAAGAAUGUACCAAAAUUGGGAAUUUCACAACCCUAGAGUUUUGAUUCUAGGACAGGUGCAAAUUAGUCAUAUCGUUUUAAUGUUGCAUACAUCAUAUUAUGUAAAGUCUUUCAUCAGUAUAGACACUUUUGGGGCAUUUAAGUUUUAAGAACAAAUCUUGUUAUAUACUAUUGCUGAAAUGGAUUUAGCUCAGAUGUGCAGGACAGGAAAGAAAAAAAAAUUAAAUUGAAUAGCCCUUGGGGCUUGUGAUACUUUUAACUAAUACUCAGAUGACCAAUAAAGUCUGUGGGCCUCUUGUGAGCUUUUCUGAUCACCUUUUGUCUGACAUCCAUCUCUCAGUCCAUCUGUAAACUUUUCUCAAUGUUGACUUCUUUUCAAGAACCAUUGGACUAAUUUCAAAUGAAGAGCCACACCCUUUUUCAAGGGCAUUACGGGUAAGAUUUAGUGAAAAUUUUGUGGCAUUGUUUAAAGAACCAAUGGACCAAUUUCAAUCAAGCUUGGCACAAAUCAAUCUUUAGUAAAGGGAAUUCAAAUGAAGGGCCAUGCUCCUUCCAAAGGGUAGAUAAUCAAGAAAAUGCAAAAAUAGGGUGGGGUCAUUUAAAAUCUUCUCAAGAACAACGGGGCCUGAAAAGUUGAAAUUUGCAUAAAAGCUUCCUGACAUAUAAAGGUAGAUUCAAGUUUGUUCAAAUCAUGGCCCCUGGAGAUAUUGUGGGGCCACAGUUGGGGUCAAAGGUUUACAUGUGGACAAAUAAUUAAAAAAUCUUCUCAAGAACAACAAGGCCAUGGUAAGUUAUUAUCAAUAUGCAAGCAUCCCCAGGUAGUGCAAAAAUUGUGGCCCCUGGAAGUAGGGCGGGCCAUAAUUUUUAGGGAUCAGAGUUUUACAUGUGAAUACUGUAAAACGAGAAUUUGUCAUGCUAUUAAAUUUAGCGCAAGUGACAUUAGAAGUAUGCCAACGAUUAGUAUAUAAAGUUUCAGGUCAUUCUUUUGUUGACUCCUAUACCGGAAGCAUCCACUUACCGGAAGUGGGAGUAUUCUGUAUACACUCUGACUGAAGUGAACGGCGAUUGUUUAUCGAAUGAAUGUUGCAAAAUAAACACGGUUGAAUUUAUUUA